UGUUUCCAAACAUAGUUUUGUUUUGGUUUGGUUUUUUCUCUCCACUACAGCGCAGUUACUUGAGGCGGGAGUUCGUGGCCUCCGCUCCACUCCACUCGUCUCAGUCCACUCCGGACGUCCCGCGCGCAUCCACUUUCUGAGACGCGCCGAGAGAAGACGACGCUAUGAGGGCCAUCGCGACGGCGAGCAAGCAUUUCUGUCUUCUCUGCUUCGGUUUCUCCUGCUUCUUUCUCACUGGGUUUGCUGUCACGUACGAAUGUCCUUCAAAUGGCCAUGUAUGGAGUACGUACGGGAACAGCUGCUAUUAUUUUUUGUUCAAUGAAGACAAUCUUUCAAAAAAGUACAGAUUUGAGAGUGCUAAAGAUCUCUGCCAGGGACUUGGCAGUGACCUUGUAAGUAUAAAUAGUGAUGAAGAAAACAAAUUUAUUACGGAUUACAGCCACAGAGUUUGGAAGACCAGUGUGGAGAUGUGGCUUGGAUUGUUUCUGAAUACAGAUACGGAUUCUCUGAAAUGGUUUGAUGGUAAUGAAGUCCUGUAUACCAACUGGGAACACAGCGAGUACAGCAUGGAGCCUGAUAACGUGAACACGUGUGCUGUGCUCCACACUGGAACAGGAAAGUGGGGCAAAGUGACGUGUGAAGAAACUAUGGAAAACGGAGUCGUCUGUGAAACGUCUCUCAAACUUGUAGAAGAAAAGCCCGGCAGCAAAAACAAGGUUCUAUUUUCGGCUCUGGUCAUCCUGAGUGUGGUCACUAUUCUAGUUCUUUCCACUGUUGUUUGGUUCCUGUAUCAGAAAAAACACAACGGAGGGACUCUCUUCACGUCCAUAGAGUAUCAUCCACCUCUGGCGCCUUCGUAUUCUGAUGAAACUGUGUUGGUGGAUGCCGAGGAAAAGGAGUAUUCUGCAUGAUGAUAUUCAAGGCUGAGUCUUUUUUUCCACACAGCUUAAAAAUUCUGUGGCCUCAGUGCAUUUUUAUAAUGGGAUGUCUGACCUUCUUUUUUUUUUUUUUUUCUUUUUCUUAAACAAAGUGCUCUUUGUUGGGGGCCGGAGUCCGAGUAGCCCACUGUACACCAAGUUGUUGUGACAUUCACAAGACUGCUUCCUAGGAGGUGCCAGUCUGACCCUGGGUGGAGGUAAUGGACAGAGAAUUAAUUGGUGUUCCAAAUUAAAACAAUUGUUGAUUUAUAUUCUUAUCUUGUUAUCCAUUUGCUUUUAAUAUGGGACAGCUAUGAUUUUGCUUCCUGAACACUUGAGGGUGCAUCUUAAGGAUUUUGGCCUGCUAAUCACAAAAAUCACGUUUGCAUUUUUUUUUUUUUGCCAUAUAAUGUUUUAUUGUGAUUUCUUCUCAUAUUACAUAUGCAUACAGUACAAUAAUGGGUCAAACAGCUACUGCCAUGAGUGGGACAGCUGUGUUAAAGGGUCUCAUUACAUUAAUGAGAACUGGCCAGUCCAUGAACGUUUGGUGCCAGGGCAGAGAUGUGUGGCACAUAAACCAACCUGACAAACAUUUUUGCCCUCUCUUGCUGAACAAGGAAGGUGAAGUAUUUCAGUAAUUGAGACAGAGGUUUCCAUGAAAAACUGAUGUCAAGAUUAAGGAAGACAUUUUUGUUAGUCCACAAGUCAGACAUGUCGUGAUUCUGAGUGCAUAUAUUGCAUGGAAGGCAGUCAAGGAUGUUGAGAAUUUUCUCGACAAGGACAGAGCACCAAACUACAUCCAGACAGACAGACAGACAGACACACACAGAGUCACACUUGAGACGUCCCUGCUAAUCUUUGUGCAGUCGAAUUACCAACUUGGUGUUCACAAGAACACUGCCAUGAUCGAAAAGUCGUAUUAAGACAAGUGGAAUCAACCGAUGUUGGCUAACUAUUGUUGGACACUGAAAUAUCAAAUGUGGAGUACAACCAGAAAUCAGCCAAUUCUCUACACAAGUUUAACUGCAGUAAUGUAACACGUCAGCAUCGCUGAGGGAUCUCCGACAUGACACUGACAAUCUGAAGCUGUCGCUCGGUCGCUUUCAGGAAACAAAAUCUCUGAAUGUAAUGUCCAGUGUAUUCCAGCAUUGCAUUUAUCUAAAUUUUACUGCAAGUGUUAAGUGCCUAUUUUGUCAAAGUAUAAUUUUUUUUUUUUUUUUUUAUGUUGUAUACAUUAGCCUGGAACACUUCUACAAUUAAUAAAUGCAAAAUGUAUUUUUAUUAUUGGACUGUUGGCUUGUUAUAGUUUUAGUAUACCAACAAUUGUCUACAGAAUAAUACUGUAAAUAAAAGUAUAUAUUGUUUAAACAUUAGGUAGCUUUUAAUUCAGAAGUUUUUAAAAUACUCUACUAAAACAUCUGAGUGUGUGGAAUGAUUUUCUCUGCUGAUUUUGCCAAAAUUAACCUACCAUCUUGUUGAAACGUCUGUCAUUUAGACAUUAACCAAAUGAAUAAGCGCCAGGGAGCUCUCCUGUUAAGAGAAAUUAAAGCAUAUAUUAUGUGUGUGA